AUUCGGAAGUCAUUUCGGUGAGCUGGAGCCAAAACACGGGCAGACCCAAGGCAUUACACGGCCGUGUACUGCUGGCCGUGCUUUUUAUGCCGAGAGCAAAUUCAGUUUGGCCAAUUCAGCUGCAAACACGGGCACCGAAGCACGGCCGUGUUCCACCAAAGCACGGCCGUGUACAUUGCGAAGCACGGCCGUGUUUAACCCACUUGCUGGCCGUGUAAUUAAGCCCUGGCCGAGGCACGGGCGGAGUCAGGCAAAGCACGGCCGUGCCCUCGACCGUGCUUUGGCCACUGAUGCUUUUAAGCAGAGUUUCAGCCACAAUUCAGGGGGAUUCGAGUUUUUGAGAGAUAGAACGACUUCUAGAGAGAGAAAGUGACGAGCAAGAGUUCCCAAGUGCCCUAGAUUGAUCUUCAACACCAUUGGAGGCCAGCUUGAGCUUGGAGAAGUGCCAAUCAACGUCCAGAAGCAGGAAUCCAUUCUUCGCAGUAUGAAUUCCGUGUCUGAUUCUACUUUUGCUUUCUUCUCCACGGAGUAGUUCUCCCAUUCAUCUGGGUAUGGAGAACCCUAGAUUGUAUGUUAGGCUUUGAUUGUAUGAACCCAAGUACUGAUUCUAUGAUUGAUUAUAUUCGAUUGAGGUUUUAAUGAUUGAAUGACUUGAAUCCUGAUCAAAUUCCUGUUGUUUCUGCUUUGACCUAGAAUGAGAAUAUCUGCCUAGGUUAAUAGAGUAUCCUUGAUUGAAGGUAGGGAGUUGGUGACUUUAGUCGAGGAGCCAACUCACUAUUCUGUACCGGAUUUACUCCGGUAGUGGAGGUUUUGUUCUUAGGGCCUCAAUCUGUCUACUCCGGUGGAGGUUAGUCGCCCGCUAGAGAUUCAGAUUGAGAGGGUCUAAAGACCUUUAGUCGAGACUUCAGGCUGUUUAAGAACCUUCCGCAGUAUAACUAUCAUAGAAAAUGAACUUGGUAAUUACAAUCCGGCUUAACUGCAGUCUAGGGGGAACCAUAUCCGGGUGACCUCUCUUAACUUGAAUACAACCGUUUACCUGCUUUGUUAGUUUGUUAGUUAGACUUGCAUUCCAGUUUCAUUGCUAGAUAACAAGAAUUCACUGAGUAGUCAUCAAAUCUAGGACCCGGGUUGAUAAUUAAACCCAAACCCGCUAUACUACGUUUUAGGAAAGUGGUUUCACUUGGCCAAUUCCUGGAGUGACAGUAGAGUCGAGUCACUCACCGUAGCGGCUUGUCUAUGGAAAGGCAUGCCAUUUGCCCGUGGAGCUAGAGCACAAUGCCUUUUGGGCCGUUAAGCUGCUCAACUUGGAUGUUAGUGUUGCAGGUGUUGAGCGCAAAAUGCAUAUGCUGGAGCUAGAGGAGUGGCGUUAUCACGCCUAUGAGAACACCAAGCUGUAUAAGGAGCGCACUAAGCGCCUGCACGAUGCACGGUUGCGGGGUCCGAAAGAAUUCCAGGUUGGUGAUCGAGUUCUCCUUUAUAACUCUCGCCUGAAGCUCUUUCCCGGAAAACUCUGUUCCCGGUGGUCUGGACCGUUCGCGGUCACACAAGUGUUCCCGUAUGGCAUGAUUGAGAUUGCCAACCCGCAGACUGAACCAUUUAAAGUCAAUGGCCAUCGUCUCAAGCUCUACUUGGGAGGCGAGGUCGAACGUGCGGAGUUGGUAUUGGAAUUUGCGGACCCUUAGUCUGCCAUGGGUGUCCAGCUAAAAGACGGUAAAGAAGCGCUUGUGGGGAGGCAACCCCACCACGGUUUCAAUUUCUAUCCUUUUUCCUUUUCAUUUUUGUCGGUUUUUGAGUCUUUGAGUCUGUCUGGAAAGUAUUUUGUGCCUCGGGCGGUUUGUUUUAAUAUGUGACUGGGUAAUUUUUAGAGCAGGGGCACGGAUGAGUUUUGUUGGAUUGAAAUUGGGAUUUUGAAAAAAUGCAGAGGUGGGCUCGGCAGUAAAAACACGGGCGUCAGGGGAGCAAAACACGGCCGUGUUUUCUUCCCUGCCCGCCCGUGUUUUCAUCUUUGGGCAGAAGUGCUCUCGGCAUUAAAAACACGGGCACUGGGGUUCAAAAACACGGCCGUGUUUUGAACCCAGCCCGCCCGUUUUUUCAAAGGCGGAGAGCACGCCCUCGGCCAUAAAGACACGGGCUCGGA